AUGGAAGAUGACCCGGAAGACGGGAACGUGGAGGGGACUGGUGGACUCGGUGAGUUCGAUCGAAUCAUGGCUGCAGUGCUGUUGCUUGUGGAGCGCCAGUGUGAUGUGGCCAUGACUGGUGACCAAGGUGCUUCAAUCUGUGCCGGAUUGAUCACCCACGGUGUGAAAGAUCAGUCCCAAGGCAUGAUGUGGUCAGAGGAAUUUGUGCUCUGCUCAUCUUGCAUCAAAUGA